GGUUUUGUUGUGAAGUAAAUGAAAUUUCUGGUGAUUUGUCAGACAAUCCAACUCAUGCAAUAAACUCAAUUUGCGACAAACUUUUUGCUGAAGAUAAAAAAAAUACUCGAUACUCAAGACCACAAAUUAUAGGCUUUGACGAUCAAAAAAUUCUUAGUGAAUUAAUAUCUGAUAUUUCUUUUCAACUAUUUAAUAUUUUUAUUACUAAGCUUAGUGCUAUAAUUCAUUCAAUAGGUAUAUCUUUAAAUGAAAAUUGGAAUUAUAUGGGUGAAGGAUAUUCAAUUUCUAUAUUAUAUAAUUAUAAAAAAGAAAGAGUAUUAUUUUAUUAUGGUUUUAAAGAACAUUGUACUUUUAUCGAAAUUUAUAGAGCAUAUGAACUUGAUUUUAGCUAUUAUAGAAGAGAUCCUGAUGAUAUGUAG